GAGUCAUGUGACCCGAGUAACAUGGCCGCUGUCCCGUGAGUGCCGCUAGUGCCGGGCGGGAGUUGUUAGGCGGCCAGGGUCAGGUGUGCUGGAGCGGGGUCUGGGCCCGGGUUCCAGGGCGAGGCGGCGGAGCGUGGCAGGCAAGCCUAGAGCGGCGCGGUCCAUGCGCCGGCGCCGAGGGCAGAGCGGAGCUGCAGACUCCCCUGGCCCCGGCGCGGCCCCGGCAGCCGCGGGCUAAGGAGUCGCGAGUCUCCCCCAGCUGCCACCAUGAACCCCGAGAAGGAUUUCGCGCCGCUCACGCCUAACAUCGUGCGCGCCCUCAAUGACAAGCUGUACGAAAAGCGGAAGGUGGCAGCGCUGGAGAUCGAGAAGCUGGUCCGGGAGUUCGUGGCCCAGAACAAUACUGUGCAAAUCAAGCAUGUGAUCCAGACCCUGUCCCAGGAGUUUGCCCUGUCUCAGCACCCCCACAGCCGGAAAGGGGGCCUCAUCGGCCUGGCCGCCUGCUCCAUCGCACUGGGCAAGGACUCAGGGCUCUACCUGAAGGAGCUGAUUGAGCCAGUGCUGACCUGCUUCAAUGAUGCAGACAGCAGGCUGCGCUACUAUGCCUGCGAGGCCCUCUACAACAUCGUCAAGGUAGCCCGGGGUGCUGUGCUGCCCCACUUCAACGUGCUCUUUGACGGGCUGAGCAAGCUGGCAGCCGACCCAGACCCCAAUGUGAAAAGUGGAUCUGAGCUCCUAGACCGCCUUUUAAAGGACAUUGUGACUGAGAGCAACAAGUUUGACCUGGUGAGCUUCAUCCCCUUGUUGCGAGAGAGGAUUUACUCCAACAACCAGUAUGCCCGGCAGUUCAUCAUCUCCUGGAUCCUGGUUCUGGAGUCGGUGCCAGACAUUAACCUACUGGAUUACCUGCCGGAGAUCCUGGAUGGACUCUUCCAGAUCCUGGGCGACAAUGGCAAAGAGAUUCGCAAAAUGUGUGAGGUUGUUCUUGGAGAAUUCUUAAAAGAAAUUAAGAAGAAUCCCUCCAGUGUGAAGUUUGCUGAGAUGGCCAACAUCCUGGUGAUCCACUGCCAGACCACGGAUGACCUCAUCCAGCUGACAGCCAUGUGCUGGAUGCGGGAGUUCAUCCAGCUGGCGGGCCGCGUCAUGCUGCCUUACUCCUCUGGGAUCCUGACUGCUGUCUUGCCUUGCCUGGCCUACGAUGACCGCAAGAAAAGCAUCAAAGAAGUGGCCAACGUGUGCAACCAGAGCCUGAUGAAGCUGGUCACCCCCGAGGACGAUGAGCCCGAUGAGCCGAGACCUGGGCAGAGGCAGGUAGAGCCCACCCCUGACGAUGCCCUGCCAAAGCAGGAGGGCACAGCCAGUGGAGGUCCAGAUGGUUCCUGUGACUCCAGCUUCAGUAGCAGCAUCAGUGUCUUCACUGCAGCCAGCACUGAAAGAGCCCCAGUGACCCUUCACCUCGACGGGAUCGUUCAGGUCCUAAACUGCCACCUCAGUGACACAGCCAUUGGGAUGAUGACCAGGAUUGCAGUUCUCAAGUGGCUCUACCACCUCUACAUCAAAACUCCUCGGAAGAUGUUCCGGCACACGGACAGCCUCUUUCCCAUCCUACUGCAGACGUUAUCAGAUGAAUCAGAUGAGGUGAUCCUGAAGGACCUGGAGGUGCUGGCAGAAAUCGCUUCCUCCCCCGCAGGCCAGACGGAUGACCCAGGCCCCUUCGAUGGCCCUGACCUCCGGUCCAGCCACUCAGAGCUCCAGGUGCCCACCCCUGGCAGAGUCGGCCUACUGAACACCUCCGGUACCAAAGGCUUAGAAUGUUCUCCUUCCACUCCCACCAUGAAUUCUUACUUUUAUAAGUUCAUGAUCAACCUUCUCAAGAGAUUCAGCAGCGAACGGAAGCUCCUGGAGGUCAGAGGCCCUUUCAUCAUCAGGCAGCUGUGCCUCCUGCUGAACGCGGAGAACAUCUUCCACUCAAUGGCAGACAUCCUGCUGCGGGAGGAGGACCUCAAGUUCGCCUCGACCAUGGUCCACGCCCUCAACACCAUCCUGCUGACCUCCACAGAGCUCUUCCAGCUAAGGAACCAGCUGAAGGACCUGAAGACCCUGGAGAGCCAGAACCUGUUCUGCUGCCUGUACCGCUCCUGGUGCCACAACCCAGUCACCACAGUGUCCCUCUGCUUCCUCACCCAGAACUACCGGCACGCCUAUGACCUCAUCCAGAAGUUUGGGGACCUGGAGGUCACGGUGGACUUCCUCGCAGAGGUAGACAAGCUGGUGCAGCUGAUCGAGUGCCCCAUCUUCACAUAUCUGCGCCUGCAGCUGCUGGACGUGAAGAACAACCCCUACUUGAUCAAGGCCCUCUAUGGCUUGCUCAUGCUCCUGCCGCAGAGCAGCGCCUUCCAGCUGCUCUCGCACCGGCUCCAGUGCGUGCCCAACCCUGAGCUGCUGCAGACCGAAGACAGUCUAAAGGCAGCCCCCAAGUUCCAGAAAGCCGACUCCCCUAGCAUCGAUUACGCAGAGCUGCUGCAGCACUUUGAGAAGGUCCAGAACAAGCACCUGGAAGUGCGGCACCAGCGGAGCGGGCGUGGGGACCACCUGGACCGGAGGGUUGUCCUCUGACAGGCCUGGCACGGAGGAGGGCCCACCGAGUGGUCCCAUGAAGCACUCAGGGUCGUCAUGCCCUCCCGAGGAGCUCAAGGACCUGCCUCUCAGGACCAGGGCUGGGCCUGACUGCCAGCCCAGGGCAGUGUUGGGGCUGGAGGCUGCUCUGUCUGCCCAAGCUCCUCUCAGAGCCCAGCCCCCAGGCCUCCAGCGCUGUCUGUCGGCUGUACCCUGGCACUCACACAGAGCUGGCUGCCCACCCUGUGGGGGGCUAUAGCCUUAGAGACCACUCAUCCGCUGGAAUCAACCUCUUUCUAAUACCCUCUUGGAAAAAGCUUGCCCCCUCCUUCCAGCACACCAGAGUUGUGGCCUUGUGUGUAUAUGUAUACAUACGUGAACACAUGCCUACGUGUGUGUGUGUGUGUGUGUGUACUUGUAUGCACGCAGGCACCAGCACAAAGAUCUGAAUGAUGCACCCCACCCCCAUCCCAAUAAAGAAAUAACAGAAAACCCUCAA